AUGACACACCACGUUAAAUACGAAGAACACGAAGAAAUGGUUGCAGAUGAAGUUGGGAGCGGCUCUGAUGAGGAUUCUGGAGAUGAAGAUCUCAUUGACGACGAAAAAAUGGACACAAUGGAGAAGUUAAACUUCGAUUUUGAAGCAUUUCCGCCAGCUCCUGAAGACGCUGAUCAGGUCAACAAUUUUUUGACACAAGUAAGAAGACACUUAUUUUUGUUAUGUUAUUUUUUUGGUUAUGUUAAAAGGAAAAAUUAAUUUUGUUGGUGUAAAAUUGUAUGACAUUUCCUUUUGCCGAGUUUUUAUCAACAAAUUGAUGUUUUAGAUAUUUUUGCGAACUGAAAUCGAUUAUGACAAUCUUUCAAGGGCUGUUGUCGCUUUAACUCCGUUUGGAAGCGUUAUUAGGACUUCAGAGGAGUGUGUUGAUGAAGAUAAUGAUGACUGCAUGUACGGAGUUGCUUCCGUUUUAGUUUUGAAUUCAGACAAGGUAUGGAUUAGUAAAAUGACGGUUUUAUUGCUUUAGGGAACAAAUAUAACAUUAUUUGUUAAUAAAAGUAUCAAUAAGUGGAAAAAUAAGACUGUUUCAUUUUUUGUCUUUUCUAAUUAAUAUAAGGAAUUUUUCUUUUGUUAACAAAUUAUAUAUUGUUUUAAGUAACUUUAAAUUAAUGCAUUACUUUUUAUAGAACUAUGGAAUUGGAGACUUGUUACUGCAAAGGGCUAAGAAACACGCUACUAAAACUGUUGCCGUUCAAAUUGAAAAGUUGUUUAAAGCAGAAUCUUCUGUGGGCUUUGUUAUCAAUGAAAGAAUGUUAAAGUUUCCUCCACAAAUUGCUGGACCAACUUUGAAUGCCUUAAAGUAUGUUUUAAUUUGUUUUUGUAUAGAAAUUUUUUCAAGAAUUUUAAAAUAAAAAUUUAUUUCUAGGCAAGACAUUUUGGCCGAAAAAUCUUUGGAAAGAGUUGAUACUUAUUUGUUCAUAUUGAAAAUUCGAAUUAGCGAUGAAGAAUUGAAAAAGAAGGCGGAAGAUGCUGAGGUCCAGUAUGAUAACGAGGAAGAGGCGUUGUUAUUUGAGGUAGGUUCUUUUAAGUUAUGUUUUGAUAACUUAAAAUUUAAUGCUUUAAAAUUGCAAUUUAGGCAUUCCCAGAGAAUAUCCCGUUCUUCCAGUACCCUGUUCAAUCUGAUGUUGAAAGCACAAGCAAGUUUGCCGCUUCCAAAAAGGGAAAUGUCACUUUACGACCAUACCGGAGGGUUUGUAUUCUAACGAAGAGUCAACUAUUCCAUUAUUGCGAUACUGUCUCACAAGCUUUUUAA